UGUGGCCGGAUCAGGUUCUUGAAUGGAGCUGCGACCCUACCAGUGGGAGGUGAUCAUGCCUGCCCUAGAGGGCAAGAAUAUCAUCAUAUGGCUGCCCACGGGCGCUGGGAAGACCCGGGCAGCUGCUUAUGUGGCCAAGAGGCAUCUAGAGAUGGUGGACGGGGCCAAGGUGGUUGUAUUGGUCAACAGGGUGCACCUGGUGACCCAGCUCUGUGAGGAGUUCAGCCGCAUGCUGGAUGGGCACUGGACGAUCACAGCGCUGAGUGGAGACAUGGGGCCACGGGCUGGCUUUGGCCACCUGGCCCGGAGCCACGACCUCCUCAUCUGCACGGCCGAACUGCUGCAGAUGGCACUGACCAGCCCCGAGGAGGAGGAGCACGUGGAGCUCAAUGCCUUCUCCCUGCUCGUGGUGGAUGAGUGUCACCACACGCACAAAGACACUAUCUACAACAUCAUCCUGAACCGGUACCUGAAGCAUAAACUCCAGAGGACACGUCCCCUGCCCCAGGUGCUGGGUCUCACAGCCUCCCCAGGCACUGGAGGGACCUCCACACUUGAUGGGGCCAUUGAGCACAUCCUGCAGCUCUGUGCCAACCUAGAUACGUGGCGCAUCAUGUCACCCCAGAACUACCAUCCUCAGCUGCAGGAGUGCAGCCACCACCCCUGCAAACAGUAUGACCUCUGCCAAAGGCGUAGCCGGGACCCAUUUGGAGACCUACUGAAGAAGCUCAUGGACCAAGUCCACGACCACCUGGAAAUGCCUGAGUUGAGCCGGGACUUUGGGACUCAGGUGUACGAGCAGCAGGUGGUGGAGCAGAGCCAGGCUGCGGCCGAGGCCGGGCUCCAGGAUCGGCGGGUGUAUGCGCUUCACCUGCGGCGCUACAAUGACGCGCUGCUCAUCCACGACACCGUCCGCGCCGUGGACGCUGUGGCCUCGCUGCAAAAUUUCUACGACACAGAGCGCACCACUAAGACCCAGGUCCUGCUUGCUGAGCGCUGGCUGCUGGCGCUGUUCGAUGACCACAAGAAGGAGCUGGCCCACCUGGCGACUCAUGGCCCAGAGAACCCGAAACUGGAAGUGCUCGAAGAGAUCCUGCGGAGGCAGUUCGGGAGCUCUGACAGCCCCCGGGGCAUCAUCUUCACCCGAACACGCCAGAGUGCUCACUCCCUCCUGCUCUGGCUCCAGCAGCAGCCCGGCCUGCAGACGGUGGACAUCAGGGCUCAGCUGCUGAUUGGGGCUGGGAACAGUGGCCAGAACAUCCAUAUGACCCAGAAGAACCAGCAAGACGUGAUCCGGCAGUUCAGGGCUGGCACCCUGAACCUCCUGGUGGCCACAAGUGUGGCAGAGGAGGGGCUGGACAUCCCCCAGUGCAAUGUGGUGGUGCGCUAUGGGCUCCUGACCAACGAGAUCUCCAUGGUCCAGGCAAGGGGCCGUGCUCGGGCCAGUCAGAGUGUAUACUCUUUUGUGGCACUCCAAGGCAGUAGGGAGCUUCGGCGGGAGCUGACCAAUGAGGUCCUUGAGACCCUGAUGGAACGGGCAGUGGCUGCUAUUCAGGAGAUGGCCCAGGCCGAGUACCAGGCCAAGAUCCGGGACCUGCAGCAGGCAGCCCUGGUCAAGCGGGCAGCCCAGGCGGCCCAGCGGGAGAGUCAGCAGAAUCAGUUCCUGGCAGAGCACGUGCAGCUCCUCUGUGUCAACUGCAUGGUGGCCGUGGGCCAGGGGAGUGACCUGCGGAAGGUGGAGGGUGCCCACCAUGUCAACGUGAACCCCAACUUCUCGGUCUACUACAAUGUCUCCUGGAGGCCUGUGGUCAUCGACAGAGACUUCAAGGACUGGAAGCCUGGAGGUGUCAUCCGCUGCAGGAACUGUGGGGAGGUCUGGGGUCUGCAGAUAAUCUACAAGUCAGUGGAGCUACCGGCACUUGAAGUCCGCAGCAUGCUGCUGGAGACACCGAGAGGGCGGGUCCAGGCCAGGAAGUGGUCCCGAGUGCCCUUCCCAGUUCCUGACUUCAACUACCUGGAGCACUGUGCCCAGAGCCUGGACCUCUCCCCCUGACCACCUUGUCACUGCAGUGCCCAGCUCGGGCUGCAGGGGGCAGGAGAACCCACAGCAGCCACCACUGGAGCCAGACCCACCCCAGCCCGCCUGAGUCACCAGUGCCAGAUAGCCAGAUACCGGGCUUGACCAGCUGCAGAGGAACCCUGGAUGCCCAGGCUGACUCGGAAUCCCACACUGAGGAAGCAGCUGGAGGGCCGCAGCUCAUCCCAGAUCCCUGCCACCCCUGCAUAGAUGCUUUCAUAAGAACUGGAUGGAAUUGGGGGAAACUGAGGCAUGAAAAUGGCCACAUUGUACUAGAAAUCACUGCUUGUUUCCCCUUGGCCCCUCAACAUUCCUUUCCUGCUGAGGCCUCCCCUAUUUUUGGAGGCUCCCUAUAAAUUAAGAAUGAAUACAA